AUGGAGGAGGCAACUGAUGAGGAAGGAAUCCCUUGUUCAAAGCAUCAGCUAGCUUUCAACCAUUCAUGCUACGAGUUUGUUAGACUCCAGCGUACAUUCACAAGUGCCCAGAGGUGGUGUGAGAGAGGAGGGGGGCACCUUGUCUUCAUUGAAAAUGAGGAGACUCAAGAAUUCUUGCAGAAACACAUUGCUGAGGAUCAGGAAUGGUGGAUAGGACUGAUUUCAGACUCCUUGCUGAAUGAAACUACUGACGGGUCAAUGAUUUGGCUGGACACUUCAAAUGUAAGCUACAGUAACUGGUACAAGGAUCAGCCAUCUCCUUUCUCAUCCACAUGUGGAUACAUCCUGAAGAAUGCCAAGUAUCAGUGGGGUGUGACUGAAAACUGCAGCCAGGAAUUUGACUUCAUUUGUGAGUUUGAAAAUGGCCAGAGCAUUGCUUGUGAUAAUUACAAUGCCACCGUACAGUGUGGAUCAGGAGAAGUUAUUCAAAUUGGAGAGUCAUUCUAUGGACGGAAGACCCGUCACUACUGCGUAUUGGAGACUCCUCCCCAAAAUGACACAGAGGAAGACUGCAGCUGGAUUAGCAUCAAAGAUGAAGUGGCAGGGCAAUGUCAUGGUCUUCAGGCCUGCCAGGUGGCAGCAGAUGGCACUUUCUUUGGAGAUCCAUGCCCAGCGUCUGGAAGCUAUUUGUUCAUUCAGUACUACUGCAAGGAGGGCCUGCAGCUGGUUGUAACAGACACAUGUUUUAUCUUUGAAAACAUCACAAUCACUUUGAACUGGCUGCUCUCCCCAUACUCUGGCAACCUUUCCUGCAUCAUUAGCACUGGAGAUGGCCACACUGUGGAUCCUUACUAUCCUCUAACACUGCUCAGCAAUGUCACACACAGAUACACAUCUCCUGGGGAGUUUGCUGUUUUUGUGGAAUGCAGCACCAGCGAAUGGCAUGUGACAGCGCAGAAGCAGGUGAUGGUUCAGGACAAGAUGGAUGAACUAAGCAUCACUGGGUGCUACAGCCACCAUGAAUCUGGGAACAGCUCUCAGUGCCGAACGCUGUAUGGAGAGUUAUUAUGGAUUCAAGCUGAACUCAAUGGAGGUAGUGGAGUGACCUACAUUGUAUUAGCAAAUAACAUGACGCUCAUUGAGUCCAGUGCAAAGGAAGGAAUUGCCCCUCACAACCUGACACUUGACAGUGCCGCUCAAGAGCUGCUAGGCCCUGGGAUGCAUCAGCUGGAAAUCCGAGUGUCCAGCAACACAACUGCAUCAGAGAUCUCGGAGAGCAUUGCUGUUCACUUAAUUGAGCCAGUGUCUGGUCUUUGGGCUGUAUUAGCUUCUCACACUCUGCAGCUGGGGGAGAAUUUGGAGAUAAAUGUCUCCAUGUCUCACGGUGCCCCAGCUAAGAUGAGGUUUGAAGUGGUUGGACUGAACGAAACUCACUCUCACCAGGAAGACUGUCCUCAAGGGGAACCUCAAACAUACAUCAUUCCCAUGCACUCUGAAGGUACUUUCCUAGUGAAAGUGAUGGCCAUGAAUGCUUUCUCAAAUGUGAGUCUGGAUAUUGGGUUCAUUAAUGUGCUGGCAAACAGUUCUCAUAAAGAAGAUCCUGCUAAGGAAAAAGACACCUCUAAAACGAAUACCCAAAUGACCAAAGGUCACCAAAGAAAAAACAAAAUACAUAUUAAACCGAGUCGCCACGUAGAUCCUUUCACAACUAUUACUCUUGGCUGGCCAGAUAACAAUGAUAAUUCCAGUUUUCUCUGGUCCUGUGGAGCUUGCUGGCCUGAAUGGGAUGAAUGUGUGCAGCACCAGAUAAUCCUUACCAGCCAACAAGAGGUGCAAAUCCCACCUUCCUGCCUUCCUCCUCCAAAGUCAGCAGUGACUGUGAGGGUCACAGUGCGAAGCCAUGGGAAUGAAGAGAGGCAGGACGAACAAUGUCUCUAUGUGACUGCAAAACAAGAUCUACAGCUAGAAAUCAGGUGUGAGGCCAACUGCAAGCCAGUGAAUGCUAGUGAGGAAGUUGUUUUGAGUGUCUCUGGACAGAAGGACUCCCAGGACAUGUACUAUAACUGGUACUUAGAUAACACAUUCCAAAACAAGUCUGCACCCCUCCCUCCAGCCUGCAGCCUGACUGGUUUCCGUCAGAACUCUUUGAAUUUGCUUCAAAGCAACACAUCCACGUUGAUAAUGAACAGCUCCUUCUUGCAGAUGCAUGGAGAAGCUUUUCAGAUUAAAGUAACAGCACUGACUCAGCGUGGUUAUGGGGAACAAACCUACCUUGUCAGCACUGUGCCUCCGCCCCAGGUCCCCAGCUGUGCCGUGUCUCCCAAGCAGGGAUCUGUGCUCACCACUUUCACAGUCUCCUGCAGCACUCCAUGCUCAGUGGAUUCGUGCCAAUCGAGUCAUAGCACACAGCUCAACUACUGCUUCUAUCUGAACUCAAAUUCUCUCCUGCACUGUGGCCCAGACCCUGAACUCUUCCCAGUUUAUCUUCCACUUGGAGAAGAGGAAGAUAAUUUCAUUUUGCACGUGACAAUUACUGUUAGCAACAGUUUUGGUGAUACAGUUCAUACCAAUGCUUCGGUGAAGGUUAUACAAGCAGAUACAAUUGAUGGGAACCUGACCCUACAGACCAUUGUAUCUGAGAAGGCAAACACCAUCCUAAGAGAUGGGAACAACAGCAUGAGUCUUUUCCAGCUGUUUAAGUCAGUGACUUCAGUCCUUAAUCAUGAGACCCAAGAGGAAAACUCUAACAUAUCUUUACAGACAGACACACGGAAAGAGCUGUCAAUAUACAGCACUAUUUGCACAGUCUUAAUUAGCAUCUUAUUCUUUCACCUAAUUACCCCUUUCCAUCCCAAGCUCCGAGGGCUAAUGCUGACAACUCUCUCUGCUGUCAAUGUAACAUCAGUACAAACUGCUCUUAAGAUGUCAGAAGUACUGAAAGAUAUCACUUACAGGACUGAAGAGCUGUCUGUCUCAGCACAGGUGGAAGCUAGCAAUACACUGAAAGAUGUCAGCGCUUCCUUGCUCACUGUAAACACAGAGGACAGCAGAGAUGAUCAGAAACUAACGGAUGCAGCCAGCUACCUAUUUAAUGCAGUGAGCAAUGUCCUUCAAGCCUCCAUCCAAAACAGAGCCAUGAACACUACAGUGCCUGAGGCAGAACAGAGUUCGGUGUCCCACCAGCUCCUGAAUACAGUUGAAAAUCUGCAGAGUGCACUUCUCUUUGGGAAGGAACCAGAUGAUGAACCCAUGGUUCUUACCACUCAUUCUGCCACAAUGUAUAUAAACAGAUCUGCCAAUUCCAUCCCUUUUCCUGAUGACUGCAUGGUGAUACUCAAAAGUGACAGAACUUUUUCUCUAUGUUUGAAGUUCAUACUAUUGACUGUUCAUAUGGUUGUUUGUUUGUUUCCUGUGUUUUGUUUGUUUUGUUUUGUUUUGUUUUGUUUGUUUUUCUCUUUUUUUCUGUUUCAUUUGUGUCCAACUGGCCUGGAUAGAUUACAAACAGAAAAUAUGGAUGGUACAUCCAUUAAUAUCUCCAGUUCCAGCUCUGCCAGCUUUACUCUCCCAACUGCUUCUUCUCUUGGCAUUUCAGGAGUUGAUGACGAAACAGUGGAUAUAAGGAUGGUGAGCUUUGCCAUGAAUCCCUUUUUCUCCAGUGACACCAGUUUUGACAUCAGUGGAACAGUGGGAGGUCUAAGUCUUACUGGUCUGGAUGGCUUGAUCAUACCAGUCAGCAAUCUCAAAGAAAACAUUGAGAUAAUAUUACCAAGGCAUUCUGCACCCCAGGAAGAUAGGAUUCAGUUGAACCUGGGCAAUUUUAGCAUUUUCCAAGUCAACAUCACCUCAGAAAACACAUCAAUAGUGAUUCAGCUGGAAUGUGAACACGACAUUCCACUAAUACUCUACUUAGGGUAUGGUUAUCGCCCAAAUGAAACUAACUAUGACAUGAAAAGUCAUCUGUUCUAUAAGAAAACUACUGGAGGUGAAACAAAUACUUGGGUUCUUAGUCCUGAAGAACUCAUUUUUGGAGAGGGAACUUACUAUUUCAUGGUUUCACAAGACAUGGGAAUGGAUUCCACAGUCUAUGACGGGCUAGCUAUAGCUGUCACUUGCUUUGCAUCCCGCUGUGUAUUUUGGGAUGAGCAGCAGGGGAACUGGAACAGCUAUGGAUGUCAGGUAGGACCAAAAACAAAUUCUAGAAGCACACAGUGUCUCUGCAACCAUCUGACCUUCUUUGGGAGCUCCUUCUUUGUCAUACCCAAUGCUGUUGAUGUUAGCAGAACUGCACAGCUAUUUGGUACAUUUGUGGACAACCCUGUGGUGGUGACCACAGUAGGAUGUAUCUUUCUGAUAUAUGUGCUUGUAGUUAUUUGGGCCCGAAGGAAAGACAUCCAGGAUGAUGCCAAAGCAAAAAUCACAGUGCUGGAAGACAAUGACCCCUUUGCUCAGUAUCGUUAUCUUGUGACAGUUUUCACAGGACAUCGCCGUGGGGCAGCCACAACCUCCAAGGUGACGCUCACUCUCUAUGGACUAGAAGGAGAAAGUGAGCCACAUCAUCUAACUGAUCCUGACACACCAGUGUUUGAACGUGGAGGAGUGGAUGUUUUCCUACUCUGUACCCUCUUUCCUCUAGGGGAACUGCAGAGUAUUCGACUAUGGCAUGAUAAUUCAGGGGACAAUCCAUCCUGGUAUGUGAAUCGAGUAUUGGUACAUGACCUUGCGUGGGACCAGAAAUGGUACUUCCUCUGUAACUCCUGGCUAGCAGUUGAUAUUGGAGAAUGCGUCCUAGAUAAAGUGUUCCCAGUAGCUACAGAGCAAGACAUGAAGCAGUUCAGCAACCUGUUUUUCAUGAAGACCUCCAAGGGAUUCCAGGAUGGGCACAUCUGGUACUCAGUUUUCAGCCGCUCCCCACGAAGCUCCUUCACACGAGCUCAGCGCGUGUCAUGCUGCUUCUCACUGCUGCUCUGCACCAUGCUGACCAGCAUCAUGUUUUGGGGAGUGCCAAAGGACCCAGCUGAGCAGAAAAUGGAUUUGGGUAAGAUUGAGUUCACAUGGCAGGAAGUGAUGAUUGGCUUUGAAAGCUCCCUCCUCAUGUUCCCCAUCAACCUGCUCAUUGUGCAGAUUUUCAGGAACACACGACCCCGGCCAGCCAUGCAGGGCACAGAGAAGAAGCCUGGAAAGAAUGGCCGAGUGUCCCCAGGCCUACCUCCCCCCCCACAGGUCACCCCAGCCAUCUCGCUCACUCCAGAGGCUGUGAUAAAGGACAUAAGAAGAAUUGCUAACUCACUCUUCAAAGCCUUAAAAGCUCCAUCACUGACCUCAGUAUCAGAUCUUGGAAAAUCAACUAACAUCAACACGCUUUUGGCAUUGGUUGAAGACAUCAUUUGCCAGCAGAAUAGAGCUGGACAAGAGUUUUAUGAUGAAAGCAAAAAGAAGGAUGACCCUGUGACUGUCACACUAGGUCCUAUGGAUAUACAAGAAAAAACAAGAAGCCCAACUCCUGAAAAGGGAAUGUGUGAGCGACUAAAGCACAGUGAUUACAACCAUUGCUUGUACAUGCAACUUCAGCGUGUAGAAAUGGAGCUUGAAUUACUGGGGCCCCAUAAAUUUCAGAUGCCUCAGAGUUAUGCUCAAGCAGUUCGGCAGGUUCAGCACAUGAAGAACCUCCUGCAGAACCAGAUUUGCUCGUCUGCGUCCAUCAGUGAGAGGUGGUCCCUUACUCCAAGCUUCUCUGGUGAUGGAAAGAAAAGUUCUUCAAAAGGGCUGCCCUGGUGGUUUGUGUUCAUUGCUUGGUUCCUUGUUGCAGCCACCAGUGGUGUAUCUGGGUUCUUUACCAUGCUCUAUGGGCUGCAUUAUGGUAAGGAGAACUCAAUCAAAUGGCUGAUCUCCAUGGCCAUCUCCUUCUUUGAAAGUCUUUUCAUCACACAGCCCUUAAAGGUGCUGGGAUUUGCUGCUUUUUUUGCUCUGGUUCUGAAGAAGGUGGAACAUGAGGAUGAAGAAAACACUGCCAUUGAUGGGCCUUUACCUGCACCAGGCAACUCAAAUCCCCUCUUUGGAGCCCGACGGGACAGCAGAAGCAAUAUUUACCGGCCACCUCCUGCAGCUGAUGUCGAGAAAAUGAAAAUCAGCUGCAUGAAGGAGCAGAAGGCAUUUGCCCUAAUCAGAGAAAUCCUGGCCUAUCUGGGGUUUUUAUGGAUGCUAUUAUUGGUUGCCUAUGGGCAGAGAGAUCCCAAUUCCUACUACUUAAACAAGCACAUUGAAAGCAGUUUUACAGAAGGAUUCCAUGAUGUCUACAGUUAUGAGGAUUUUUUCACAUGGGCAAAAACUACCUUAGUCAAAAAUCUUUAUGGAUCAUACAAAGGGUUCAUUACAGAUGGGAACUCCAAGCUGGUGGGCAGUGCUCGAAUUCGCCAAGUGAGAGUGAAAGGAGACAGCUGCCCUAUUUCGCCCAUACUCCAGCGUGUGAUUCAGGAAUGCCAUGCUCCAUACUCCUUACAGACAGAAGACACAUCAGACUAUGGAGAACACUGGAACACUUCGGUCUUUGAUAUCUCCUCUGACUUGAGCUCAGCCUGGCAUUAUCAGAGCCAGUCCAAAUUGAGAGGGCAGCCCGUCUGGGGCAAACUGGCCAUCUAUGGGGGAGGGGGAUAUGUGAUUCACCUGGGAACUGAUCCUCAGAAUGCCUCCAGAAUUCUCCAGUACCUUUUCAACAAUGUUUGGCUAGACACCUUCACAAGAGCAGUGUUUGUUGAAUUUACAGUCUACAACGCCAAUGUGAACCUGUUCUGCAUUGUAAGCCUGAUGUUUGAAACCAACGCUUUAGGGGCCUUCUUCACAAGUGCAGAGCUGCAGAGUGUCCGGCUCUACCCAUACACCAACACUCUUCACAUUUUCGUUGUUGCUGCAGAAGUCAUUUAUUUCCUCUUUAUUGUGUACUACAUGAUGGUACAGGGAAAACUGAUGAAGGCUCUGAAAUGGAGAUACUUCCACAGCAAGUGGAAUCUCCUGGAGAUGGCCAUUAUACUGAUUAGCUGGAGUGCCCUGUCAGUGUUUGUGAAGAGGACAAUCCUUGGGAGCCGGGACAUCAGCUACUACCAGGAACGCAAGGAGCACUCCGUAAGCUUUAAUGAAACAGCAAGAGCUGAUGCAGUUCUUGGCUACCUGAUUGCUUUCCUCGUGCUUCUCUCCACAGUGAAACUGUGGCAUCUAUUGAGGCUCAACCCUAAGUUAAACAUGAUCACCUCCACUCUAAGGAGAGCAUGGGGUGAUAUCUCUGGAUUCAUCACUGUUAUUGCAAUCAUGUUCCUCGCCUACUCCAUUGCUACAAACUUGAUAUUUGGCUGGAAGCUCUGCUCUUACAAAACUCUCUCUGAUUCAGCAGAGACCAUGGUCAGUCUUCAGCUGGGAAUCUUCAACUAUGAGGAGAUCUUGGACUACAGUCCGAUUUUAGGCUCCCUCUUAAUUGGAUCCUGCAUCGUUUUCAUGACGUUUGUGGUCCUGAAUCUCUUCAUUUCAGUGAUUCUGGUUGCUUUCAGUGAAGAGCAGAAGCACUACCAGCCUUCAGAAGAGGAGGAAAUUGUGGACUUAAUGCUCAUGAAACUUUUCGGUUUCUUUGGGAUUAAAUGUAAGCAGGAAGAGAAGACAGGCUGUAACAAUCAGCCAAAGCAACCCGUCAGCAAUUAAUGGAUAACCACAACAAAAAGCUGCUUUGUUUGUGGGCAGAAGAUCCUACUUUUUAACUGCCAGCUGCAACGGCCAGACUUGGCUAUCCUGCUUCUGACUAGAAUGCUGUGCGUAGCCUUCAACAAACUCUUGCUGAUUGAUGCUAUUGUAGCUAAAAACUCGCACGAAACGUGAAAUAAAGCAUCC